CAUAGUGGAUUCGUAUGGAUUGAACUACACGAUACUAAUCGUACAGGCCGCCAUUUACUAACUUAUUAAUAGUUUUCUGUUGAUUAACAAUAGGGUGUGGUUAGUAAAACAUGUUAAAAGUGAUUUUUAUUUUUUAUAUAAUUACUUUAUUUGUGAUUCUGCAAGUGAAUAACGUUGCAACAAUCAAAUGCGAUGGCGAAUCUUCCUCCAUAGAGGGAAAACUUCUUAAAAAGCUAUUAUGCUUCGAUUAUGACAAAACACAACGUCCCGUUAAAAAUCAUCUAACUGCAGUGAACGUCAGCAUGUCCACGUAUUUGAAAGAGUACUACGUGGUUGAAAGCGACCCGUCCCUGAUUUUGUCCGUUUGGAUGACGCUCAGUUGGAAGGACGAGUUUCUCACCUGGAAUAGGGCGGACUAUGGUAUGGAGAUGGUAAACAUCGACUCUAGUGAAUUAUGGCGACCAACUAUUGAGACAUCAAGAAACAAAAAAGCUGGCGCCCUGGAUAAAUCCUGUAGGGAUCAUAAAUGCGAAGUGAAACAUAAUGGCGACGUUUCAUGCGUUUCUCCAUGUACCUAUGAGGCUCACUGUUCCAAUACGAAUGUGGACUGGCCGUUCGAUGUGAUGGAGUGUUCGAUGUAUUUCAGUAGCUGGCUGGAAUUUACGACACAGCUAAACAUCACUGCGGAAUCAAACGUAUCGAGAGAAUUUCUUAAAGAAGAUAAACACUGGAAGUUAUUGUCCACCGAAAUAGUUUCACACAUUUUUCAAUAUGAUGAAAGCUUUCCACUUAUUGAUUUCAUAAUUACUUUGGAAAGACAUGUGGGGUCUUAUACUGCCAUCAUAACACCUGGGUUCAUGGUGGUGGCAGUUAGUUUGGUCGUGCUUUGGAUUGACAGUGCCAGCUCUGACAGACUGCACAUUCUUUCCGCAACGUGUUUGGGACACUUUAUCUACCUGGAGUACAUAUACUGGCAUAUGACGUACAACACCAAAGAUGUGCCGAAAAUACUGCUUUUCUUCCGCGAUUCACUACUGAUCAACGUUGUGAUGUUAAUUUUCACCAUCGUUUUGAGGCAUACCGCACCCAUGAAGAAGAACAGCUCGGAACGAUUGAUAGAUCGGUUAGCACUCAGGACCGUUUCCACUAGUUGGGGACGCAUGUUGUUUCAAGCUGAACCUAUAACAGACCUAAAGGGAACACAACCAUUAGGAGAAAAUCAAACGGAACGGGAAAAUAAUCGGCACGCGGAAAACGGUACAAAUGGUGAUACAGUCAACCUGGUUGUUGAUGGAUACGAAGGUAAUCAUGCAUCAAACACUGCAGCACCAUUGAGCACUAAGCAACACCGAGCUGAUUUGGGGAUCAUUUUCAUUGACCGCAUAGUGUUAUAUUGCUGCAUGAUUUGUUAUAUGUUUAUGAUAUUUAAUUUGAUACCGAAAAAAAUGUUGUAGCUAAUGGGUGGAACAUGUUUAUAAAUGUUGAAAUAAUUAGCUUCA